AUGCCUACAACCAGCCGACUUUGCCCCAACAUCGGCAUUGACGAUGACUUAAGGCAAGCUCCUCUAGUCAUCAGUGACCUUAAGGGCCUGGACAAGGACAUUGUCUCAACACUUGGGCACAACGUCAUCCACCCAAAUUACAGCGAGACGCGCCGCGAGUGGGGCGACGAAGAGGACGAGGAGGAACAGCGCCUCCAGCUCAGUGCAUCCCCGACCUCGAUAUCGGGCGAGGAUGACUGGUACCCAGAGCUCAAGAACCUUCCCUCGGAGAUGCGCCAAUUGUCGGGCAAAGUUAUUGGUAUCUUCUUCCGCCCCCGUCCCCACCAUGCCCGUGUCUCUUCGUCUGGCAUCGCUGUAGACUACGAGCAGCGUGUCCAGAUCUACACCGCUGUGGUCGCCCCCAACUCGGUGUGGUCUCUCAGGGACGCCGACCGAACGUGCCAAGCGGACGUGUCGACCCGCGCGCUGACCUCCCUCGUCGACUUUGUCGAGGCUGUCGUCAACCGCCACGGCUCGUUCGCGCCGACCCCGGCCGACCUGGACCUCGUCUCCACUGUCGAGCGGAGCGUUUCGUCGCGGCGUACGACGGUGGCCCACGCCACUCGCGCAUUCGCGCUCAAGGCCGACGACAUGGUCCCUUGGUUGGCGAGUCAGCCGAAAGGACUGCGCGUCGUCAACAUCGACUGCGCGGAGGCCGUCGACAAGAGCGUCUGGGCGUACAAGAUGUUCGCUCACCUCAUCUUGGUCUUCACCCAGCGCAACCCCGGCCUCAUGGUGGUGGUCUUCAACGGCCACUGCGAUGAGGACCGGGUCUUGUCCUGCACCUCGGAGGCGGUGAUGUUCUGGUCCGCCAAAGACGGUGCGAUCUCGGACAACACCAAGGCAUUCCUGUGGGGCCGCCUCACAUACCAGCAGGGAGAGGGACAUGCGCAGGGGCGCGGUAACCGUCUCAUCACAGCGAGUGACCUGCCGAACCGCUGUCCCGAUUUCCUCGCACAGGACGCAUUGGCUGUUUCGGCGCCACUAAUCGCCGGUCUCCAAGUCGCCUCGCCGCUGCCCGCCGAGACGGACCUCCCCUCGUUUGGCCGGAAUGCCACGAUGGUGGCGGAGUUCCGUAUCCUGCGCGAGGCUCUCGGAAAGCUUGACGAGCCCCGACCAUACGCCACGACUACCGUCGCGUCAAAGUGGCAGCUGGGUGGCGACUCGGGAGUGCUCAACAUGACCUACCAUGUCAUGCUCGGCACCCGCGAUGAGCUCCUGGCCGAGCAGGCCGAGCUCGACGGCCUCAAGCCAGAAGAGCGCAACUUCGUCACACGGAAACACUCGGUCGAGGCUGUGCAAGAUGCCUUUGGCGUCGACCACGCCAAGCAGAGCGGCUGCGCCGCGGCGCGGAUGGCGCGCAUGUCCGUCGAACGUCCGGCGCUUGACGCUGUCCUGUUCUGGAGGUUUGUCGAGGUCAACGGGCAGCAGCACCUUGUCGCCGCCGUCCUCCACGCGGGCCGUGCCACCUCCCCGACCGCCCUCGCCCUUGCCCGCCUCGAGUGCGGCGCCAACUGGGCCACGGGCUCCAUGACCAAGACUAUUCUUGGCAUCAACCCAGUCGACGGCCUGUACGGCGACAUCAUGGUUCCCUCCUUCUCGCUUCUUGCCUCGCCUCGGCGUCAGCCCACCGAUAUUUCACUGGUGGAGCUGAUGCGUACCCUUGCGCUCACUUGGGGUGCGUACCCAUACGCCCCUGCCCGAUGGGAGGACCUCGGCGUGGGCGCCGCAGUCCGAGAAUGGGCAGAGAGGCGUCACUGGACGGUCGCCGACGUUGUCAAGCUCUGGAACGCUGGUCGUCGCUUGCUGUCGUCCUCUGGUGAGCUCGCGACCAAGAGGACCGAGGCCAAGCAAGAUGGUGCCCUCCUUGUGGGCACUAGGAACGCUAUCUUGAGUAAACGCCUGCGGGAUCCUGCUCCCGACCAAAGCAGCAAAAGACUCCGCAGGUUCAAGGGCACCACCACCCCUACUUCGUGA